AUGUCUGCCGAAGCGAUCAAGACUCCCGAUAGUGACAUUGGUGUGGCUCUCUGGGCCGCCAAUCUCGCUGCGGCGGCGGCGGCCAGUGCGGCUCUCCUUGUCCUCCCCGAAUACGUGUGUGAGCAUUGGCUGGCGUAUGCGCCUGCUCUGGCCGCGACGGAAGAGCUCGCAUGGCUGGCCGAACAAGGUCGACGUGCUCUGCCGCGGCUCCGCCCAUUGGCCACAAAGCAUGACCUGGUCAUCGUCGCCGGCUCGUGGCCCGUCGCCACUGAACACGAUGGCGAUGAUGGCUCUUGGCGCAAUCGUGCCCACAUCAUCCUGCCUGAUGGGCGCCUCGAGACGCAGGACAAGCUCUGCCUCACCCCAAGCGAGAAGGAUCCUGAUGAAUGGCUGCUCUGUCCUGGUCAUGACCUCCGCGUCGUCGUCUGGCGCGAGCUCCGCUUUGUCGUCCUCAUCUGCCUCGAUGUCGAGCUGCCGGCUCUGUCUGCAAAGCUCGCCCGUGCCGACUUGGAUCUCGACUUGCUCGUGGUUCCGUCGAUGACCUGCAAGCGUUCUGGCCACGCUCGCGUCUUUGGCUGUGCCAAGGCCCGUGCUAUCGAGCUGCAGGCCGCCGUCGCUGUUGUCGGAGCCGUCGGAUCUGUCGCUCCGGACAACGCCCGUCCCAACUACUCGGGUGCAGCCGUCUAUCUCCCGUGUGAGGAGCCGCUUGGCUUUACUGGCAUCCUUGCCGAGACACCUGCUGCGGGCUCUGCCGAUGGCGACGGCCCGCUCCUCAUCGCUGCACACGUCCCUAUCUCACGCAUCCGCUCGCUCCGCGCUGCAGGCGCAGAAGUCUGGCCCGGCGCAUGGACCGCCGACGCUGUGGCCAUCACCUAA